AUGGAGCAAAAUAUUGUAAGUACUGAUCAUUUAGAAGCCAAAGACAAAACCCUCGACCAGUUCACACUUGAUAUUUCUUUUUACCGUCUGUCGGCCAUGGAAGAACUAAUAAUCUCACCAUCUUCAUCUUCUUUAUUAGUGUCCUUUUCAAAUAAAACUCCACCUCUGACUCUCCAGCAGAGGCUUCAACGUCAAGCGUCGAACGAUGACCAGGGUCGGUUGUUUUUGGCUUGGGGAGACGAUCAUUUUCAAGACACCAAAGAUACGUCCCUGAAAUUACGUGCCAAUAAAAUUUCAGACAUUCAGGGGUUGCAAGAUGAACGAAGGAAGGUGAUGGAAGGAAUCCAAGACCUCGUCGGAGAUAACCACGACAUCAAUAUGUCGAUGAUCGACGGGACGAAUAUUAGUGAUGCUGAAUGGUUCUACAUGUUGUCUUUGACAAGGAGUUUCUCUGCCGGCGAAGGGAUCCCAGGAAAGUCUCUUACGACCGGCUCUUUGGUGUGGUUAACUGAUGCCCGCGAGUUGCAGUUUUAUAAUUGCGAAAGGGCUAAAGAAACACAGUUGAAUGGCAUUGAAACUAUGGUCUGUAUACCGAUUUCUUGUAGCGUUCUUGAACUUGGAUCCUCAGAAAUUAUCAAGGAAAACUGGGGAUUAGUCCAACAAGUGAAGUUCUUAUUUGAGUCGGAUCUCAACGGCAUGCUACAAAAACAAUCAACUCCAAACUUCUCAAAUACAUGCUCUCCACCAGCUUUCUCCUUGUCCUAG